GUACAGGGCUGGUUCUUGCUUUGUUAGAAAGGUAUGGUCGUGUACUAUAUAAUGUCCGAUUUUCUUUUUUUCCCCCCAUCAAUCAUGGCAUAACCUCUUUAAGCCUUAGUUUUGAGAGUGCUUCUAACAGCCAUAAAACCGAUGUCUGCGACGAACAUUUAGGCAAUGCCAUCCUGGGAAACCCAGACACCAUGUUCACCUUCUCCCAUAGCCGGGCAUAUUUCAUGAUCUGGAGUCUUUUCUGGCAUCUCAGCCUGGGAAUCACUGCUGUAAAAUGCCCUUUUCCUGGAUGCUGGGGCUCGCUGCUAGUAAAACAGGUUUCCAUUUCUUUCUCUUCACAAAGUGUACUUCAGGCAAUUGAAACACUGCAGCUAAACACUAUAUAUUCACAUCGAGUUACAAAGAGCGUACAUCAAUUCUGAAAAAUACAAUAUUAAAUUCAAGCCAAUACUGCUCCCCUCCACCACACAAAACCUCCACUUAUUCCUGAGUUACUGAAAAGCAUUGGACAGACACUGCCUUUCCUGUCAGAGGCAUCUUCCCGCCUAACUUCACAGAUACUAACCCCUCCUCCCACUCCUGCAGCGUCGGCCAUGUUUCCCCUAUAGACACACGGCAUGAAGCGAUACCAGACACGUAGCAGUCAUCUCGCCUACAGGAAAGCACAGAACCGCUAGUUCAAUCACCUCACGGAAAACACGCCUAUAAAAGCCUACACAGACGCCGGGACUAUAACGUGAACACUGCCUCCUCUCGCCCGGUACAUCCCGCCGGAGUACGAGCCGUCAGCCAGUAGCUCGCCAACAACCGCCCUGCACAGCGCGCACUCUACACUCCACCUCCCCCAAUUACGGGGUCUCCUGACUGUCACGUGCGCCGCUGGGCGUGGUCUAGUCCCGGUGACGCAGCUCCUGGCUCGGUCGUCCUCUUUUCUUCACAUUCCUUUAAGAGACGUUGUGUGGAGACGGUGAAGCGUUUCUGGAAGGUUCACGGGUGCCCAACGUGAAAAAACGUUGCCCCUAAAGCCAAGAGGCAGGUUUUGACCGGAGACGGCUAUACCAAGGACCUGGUGUAAAACAUAGAUCUGCCACUAUGGGUCUCGACUAUGGUGAGAUCCACCACCAGUAACCGUUGACCCUUAGAAGAGCUUUCAGAAAACCGUACGAUCACAGCGAGGUCCAUUUAUGUGAUUCGAAAGACCAGCCAUUGACGCGUUUUUAUAUUUAGGCAACUUUGUUGAGGAGAGCUGAAGUCAUGGCCUUUACAAACUAUAGUAGUCUGAACCGUGCUCAGUUGACCUUUGAAUAUCUACACACUAACUCGACAACACACGAGUUCCUGUUUGGAGCACUGUCCGAACUAGUUGAUAAUGCAAGAGAUGCUGAUGCUACAAGAAUUGAUAUUUUUACAGUGCAAAGAGAAGAAUUGAGAGGAGGUUUCAUGCUUUGCUUUCUUGAUGAUGGAACAGGGAUGGACCCAAGUGAGGCCGCCAGCGUAAUCCAGUUUGGACGUUCUGCUAAAAGAACUCCGGAGUCUAUUCAAAUUGGACAGUAUGGAAAUGGAUUGAAAUCUGGCUCUAUGAGAAUUGGAAAAGAUUUCAUUCUUUUUACGAAGAAGGGAGAUACAAUGACCUGCCUCUUUAUGUCUCGUACUUUUCACGAAGAAGAAGGAAUUGAUGAGGUGAUCGUUCCUCUCCCCACAUGGAAUUCAAAAACUGGUGAGGCGUUGGCAGACAAUAUGGAAAAAUUUGCUAUUGAAACAGAACUAAUCUACAAGUAUUCUCCGUUUCACUCUCACAAAGAGGUUAUGGAACAGUUCAGAAAAAUUAACGGAGAUGCAGGUACACUGGUUGUAAUUUUUAAUUUGAAGUUAAUGGACUCCGGGGAACCAGAGCUUGAUGUAGUGUCUGAUCCAAAAGAUAUUCAGAUGGCUGGGACCCCACCUGAAGGAGCGAAACCUGAGAGACGUUCCUUUCGAGCCUAUGCUGCUGUUCUUUAUAUUGAUCCAAGAAUGAGAAUUUUUAUCCAUGGCCACAAGGUUCAAACAAAAAGAUUAUCUUGUUGUCUUUACAAGCCCAGAAUGUACAGAUAUACAUCAAAUCGGUUCAAAACAAGAGCUGAACAGGAGGUGAAGAAGGCUGAGCACAUGGCAAAAAUUGCGGAGGAAAAAGCACGGGAGGCAGAAAGUAAAGCACGAGCCCUGGAGUGUCGACUUGGAGAGGACUUAACCAGGGAAUCCAGGGCUACUCUCCGGCAGGUGCAGAAUGCUGCAAUAACUGCCCGUCGGGAGGCAGAUGUGAAGAAGCGUAUUAAGGAGGCAAAGCAAAGGGCCCUGAAAGAACCAAAGGAGUUAAAUUUUAUCUUUGGAGUGAAUAUCGAGCAGCGUGAACUUGAUGGCAUGUUUGUGUACAACUGUAGUCGGUUAAUAAAAAUGUAUGAAAAGGUGGGACCUCAGCUUGAAGGAGGAAUUGCCUGUGGAGGAGUAGUAGGGGUGGUUGAUGUUCCUUAUCUUGUUCUGGAGCCCACACACAACAAACAAGACUUCGCUGAUGCUAAGGAGUACCGACACCUUCUGAAAGCUAUGGGGGAGCACUUAGCGCAGUACUGGAAAGAUAUUGGCAUAGCUGAGAAGGGCAUUGUAAAAUUCUGGGAUGAAUUUGGUUACAUAUCUGCCAACUGGAAUCAGCCGCCGUCUAUUGAGCUAAGGUAUAAGCGAAGACGUGCCAUGGAGAUCCCAACCACUAUUCAGUGCGAUCUAUGCUUGAAAUGGCGGACUCUUCCUUUCCAGCUUAGUGCUGUAGAGAAGGAAUACCCAGAUACAUGGGUCUGCACAAUGAAUCCUGACACAGAUCAAUAUAGAUGUGAGUAUGUGGAGCUAAAACAGAAACUUCCUGUCGGAGUGCUUAAGAAAGAGACUGUAUCCCAGGAAGAAAAGAAAAAAACUCUAAGUGAAAAGAUCCAAAAACAACAGGAGAAGCUACAAACUCUGCAGAAAAUCUCCACUGUUCGUUCAAGUGCAGAUUUGAAAAAGCUCCCAUUUGAAGUUAGCACUCGCCCCACAGAGAGUCCUGUUGCAGUAAGUCGACCAUUGAGGCCAAGAUCCCCACCUCUUCCUGCGGUCUUGAAAGAGGCUGUUAAACCUCCACCUCCACGGAUUAGCAGCACAGUCAAAAGGACCGAAAUAAAGCGAAUAUUGAGCUCUGAGCAGGCUAGCACCUCAAAAGCUCCAUCCCCAGGACUUGUCAAAUCUAGUCACACUGCCAAAACUGUGAACAAAAUAACAUCAGCUGUAAAAUCUUCAGUGUCCAAUUCAAAACCUACUGUGCUACAAACUACUAAAACCACCAAAUUUAUACCAACACCACCAGUCGUGAAGAACACUAAGACACUUGCAGCAAAGAAACCAGCACCAAGCAAAAGCCCUAUGGUAAACAGUGUGAGAAAAAGAAGUUCACAACAGAUAGUAAUUGAUGAUGAGGAGGAAGAAGAGGAGGAGGAGGAGGAACUGGUCUCUUCGCGUAAACCUGAAAAGGCUAAACGAUCAAAGAUAGUAUUAGUGAAACGAGAGAAAAAAGAUCUGAAUGAAGAGGAAGAGGCAAAGAAUCUACACACACACUCUGACACUCCCCGUGACUCAAAUGUGUCAUUGAAAUCAUUGCAGUUGGACAGCCCAGAGGUGGAUGAUGUUGUAUCCAGUAAAGCAGCUCAGAAAGAUAAAGGCUUACAUGUAGAAGUGCGCGUAAACAAGGAGUGGUUCACAGGACGUGUCACUACUGUAGAGGCUGGAAAAAAUGCUGUUCGCUGGAAAGUGAAGUUUGAUUAUGUUCCAACAGAUACAACGCCACGUGAUCGAUGGGUGGAGAAAGACAGUGAUGAUGUGAGACUCAUGAGGCCACCAUCACCAGAACAUCAGAUGCCUGAUACACAACAGGCAGAGCCUUCUACCUCUGAGAACUCCCGAAUAGAGCCUGACACAACAGAGCCCAGCGCCUGCCUUGCUCCUGUGGAACAACUUACACAAGUCCUCCGGAACUGCUUACGAUAUUUUUUACCACCCAAUUUUCCUAUAACCAAGAGUGAACUGAGUACAAUGAGUGCUGAGGAUCUUAUAGCCUUCCCACUGAAAGAUUACUUUAAGCAGUAUGAAGUGGGUCUGCAGAACUUGUGCAACUCAUACCAGAGCCGUGCUGACCUUCGUGCGAAAACCUGUGAAGAGAUGCAGCGCACUGCAGAAAAGAAAUGCAGAGAAGCUGAAGAAAAGCUGCAGAAAUUAAGGACCAACAUUGUGUCGCUGUUACAGAAAGUUCAAGAGGAUAUUGAUAUAAAUACGGAUGAUGAGUUGGACGCUUAUAUUGAGGAUCUUAUUGCAAGAGGAGACUGAAUUAUUCUACACAACUUGCUCUAUUUUCUGAGGGAUAGAAGUUGAUUCACCAAGGGGGGAAGCCAGUACACGUCUCAAGUCAAUGUUUUCUUGUAAAAUGUUUCCAUCGUUUUUACUUAACAGGCAUGUGCUUUUCUGAAAGUUUUAAAAAUUGUAGUUCUUGAACCCUUGUUUAUAAAUAUUUAUUUUUUAUUGGAAACCGAAACACCCGAGCCUGGGUGAUUUAUUAAAAAAGGUCCAUCCGA